AUGACGAUGCUGUGGGAAGAGGCCGCCGCUGCGCUGUCGCGAUCUGUCAGGACGAAUUUUUGGGUUGGCGGGAUCUCUGGAGAUGGAUUCAAGCCACAUUGGCAGCGCGCUGCACCGCGCCUGCUUUUUCGCCCGAAUCUUAUCCGGCGCAGUGAUUGGAUUGCGCCCGUCAGUGAUUGGAUCCCCUGGAAAUGGCCCGAACCAGCCCCUGUGGCGCAGCCUGCACCCUGGAACCAGCCAGAGGAUCCGUAUCUGCCCAGGAUCCCGCUGCUACAGGUGAUUGCAGUGUUGGAAGAUCGAGCCUGUGACGCGGGGGGAGCUGUCGCAGUGCGCGGCGAGUGUCUGUGCCUCGCCCGACUGUAUCCUCGGCUUUACAGAGCCGAUGCUUUCCAGCUAUCCUCGAGCUUGGAUCAAACGUCAAAUGGAGCUCGACCUACCUGUUACAUCACAGCUCCAUCAACAAUUCGUGUCAUUUAUUUCAGACGACAUCUUUCGUCUUCCCGAGCUCUCAUCUGCUUCACCAUGAACUCACUCAGAUACCUCCGGCCGGUGGCCUCGCGUAUGCAGACGCCGACGCUGCCCAGACUCUCACGCGGAUUCGCCAGCAAGACAUACGAGUUCAUUCAGGUCUCUCAGCCCAAGCCUGGUGUUGGUCAAGUGACGUUGAACCGCCCCAAGGCCUUGAACGCUCUCUGCACUCCCCUCAUCCAUGAGCUCAACGAUGCGCUAAGGGCUUUCAACGCGUCGGACGAAACGUCCGUCAUCGUUCUGACAGGCUCCCAAAAGGCCUUUGCAGCCGGUGCCGACAUCAAGGAGAUGGCUCCUCUCACCUUUUCCGAGGCAUACACCAAGUCCUUCAUCGAGUCGUGGUCGCUUCUCACCACUGAGGUCAAGAAGCCCAUCAUCGCCGCCGUUUCCGGUCACGCGCUCGGCGGAGGCUGUGAGCUGUCCAUGAUGUGCGACAUCCUCUACUGCACCGAGACUGCCAACUUUGGCCAGCCCGAGAUCAAGCUCGGCACGAUCCCGGGUGCCGGCGGCAGCCAGAGACUCACCCGGGCUAUCGGAAAGUCCAAGGCCAUGGAGUUGAUCCUGACGGGCAAGUCCUUCAGCGGUGCCGAUGCCGAGAAGUGGGGUCUUGCGGCCAAGGCAUUCCCUUCGUACGAGGUUCUCAUGGAGGAGACGCUGAAAACGGCAGAGACCAUCGCCGGCUACUCGAGGGUGUCCAUCAACGCGUGCAAGGAAGUUGUGAACAAGAGCCAGGAUCUGCCUCUGAGGGAUGGUGUCGAAUUCGAGCGGAGAGUAUUCCACAGCUUGUUCGGCAGCAACGACCAAAAGAUUGGCAUGAAGGCAUUCGCAGAGAAGAAGAAGGCAGAACUAGUUGUAUGCGAAAUAGCCGAGUCUGGCAAAGACAUGAUGUUGUGCAACCACGAUCUUGGGCAAAUGAGCGCGUGCGUAUGUUUGGGGAAAUCCGUCAAAUUGCUCGGCAUGAAUAAGACCAUGAAAAAGGAUGAUGUUACUUUUCGGGUUCUCUCUCUCCCGAGAUUCUUCGCCUGCCUUGGCCAAUGCCUAGAAAACCACAUAAACCACAGUGUCUUCAACCCUUACGGCCAGCUCACAUGCCUCGCCGAGAAUACGCAGUUUAAACCUUUAGUCUCAAAAAGUCCGGAGAGUCGGUGGGCGUUGAUCUUAAACCGACAUGUUCCCCUCGCGAUUCCGCUGGCCAAAUCUCCUCAUGACAUUGUCUUUGUGUCCGGCAAUCCAGGGAUCGCGCGGAGCGAUAGUUCCUGCAUGGAUUCCUCAAAGCCCGCACUCGACCUGGAGAGGGAGUUGACGUGCUCUAUAUGCACCGAGCUCCUUUACCAGCCUCUGACUCUGCUCGAUUGUCUACACACGUAUUGCGGUGCCUGCUUGAAGGACUGGUUUUCUUUCCAAGCGCAGCAGGCCGAAAACUCACCGACCCCGCCCGCACCAGGGACAAACAUCUUCACCUGCCCGUCAUGUCGUGCGCAGGUUCGCGAUACGAGGCACAAUGCCACCGUCGCCACUCUCCUCGAUAUGUUUGUGGCUGCGAACCCGGACAGGAGGAGAUCUGAAUCCGACGUGGCGGAAAUGGUGAAGAAGUACAAGCCAGGUGAUCAGGUGCUGCCAGAAGUUAAGAUUCCCGAGAGAACCCCGGAAGAGAGGCGCGCAGACGACGAAGAAAGGAGGUUACUGGAAGAUGUGCGGGAGAUGAGCCUCAGAGACGCCGGAGUAGACUCUUCCUCGGGACAUCGACAUCGACGGCGUAGAGAGGACAGCAGCUCUGCCGAUGGACGAACCAGACGGAGCCGGGACCACAGUCGGGACAGCCGCCACACCCACAGACAUGAGGGCAGUCGGAGACCGCGAGACGACGAAGGGAGGCCUACUGGGGACCAGCUGCAGCCGGAUUCGAGGUCGGGCGAGCAAAGGAGACGGCGAAGGAGUGAGUCGAGACAGCGUGCCCAGGAGUCAUCCGACAUGAGGCGUCGGCAAAUCGAGCACCAGUCGUCACUCAGAUCACUCAUAAGCUCGAGUGAUUUGAGCGAGCGCGACGUGCAGAAGGAGAUUGAGGAUUUUGCUAGACAAAUCCAGGAAGAGGGCUUGUUGGAUGGGCUCGAUCUGGACAACAUCGACCUGAGCCGGAACGAUGAGCUGAGUCGGAAGAUUACAGAAGCUUACAGACGACGGCAACGGGAGCGGGAGCGAGAACGAGAACGCACCAGGGCCGAAGGAACGAGAAGAAGGGACACCAGUGGCCAGUCCAGGCACUCUCCAGAUCGUGUGCAGGAGAUCAGGUCAAGUGCAUCAGACACAAGCAGGCCCAGUAGCAGGCAACGGCCGCACUCAAGGUCAACUAGUGCAACUGGGUUUCCGGACGAUCGCAGCCGGCCGCCACUCUCACAGAGUGCCUUGCAUCUUGAAGUUCGACCAGAGGAGAGGCGGCGACGGAGGCGAACCUCAAGCGGCGGUCGCAGCGCGACGACACCCCUCCCAGCAACGCAGUCCGAGACCCGCGUCGCCACUCGAUCGCAGACCGAUCUGUCGUCACGAACACAUUUUGGUGAAGCAGUCGCCCCGAGAACCGUCUUCACCGAGGCGAGAAGCUCGAGCACGCCAUCAGUACCUACCACGACGCAGUCGCCGACGACUACCACUUCGCCAGCACCGCGCGAGCUGACCUUUGCCAACCGCAUGACGAAUUCUUCUGCGUUGGUGUCUUCCAACUUGACCGCGUCUCCGCCCAUAGAGCCGUUGUCGCCUCGUCUGCAGCGGCCAAACCGGCCGGCAGACUUGUCCAUCAUCAGCCAAGCAACUUCAGGCCCUGUCGGGCUAGGCUUGGGUUUGGGGAUAGGGAGUCCGACCAACCCCGGUCAUCAACGAACACGCUCGCAACUGUACCCGGAGCCCUCGAUUACGUGUUCCCGCUGCGCAAAGCAGCAUAUCGAGUACGAGCUACACUACAACUGCGGCAUCUGCGCCAGCGGAAAUUGGAACAUCUGCAUCGACUGCUACAGGUCCGGCAAAGGCUGCUUGCACUGGUUUGGCUUCGGGUACGGAGCGUGGGCCAAGUGGGAAAAGGCUCGGCACACGGCACACGAGGACAUACCCAGACCUCACAUGCUGACGGCGAAUCGUUACCUCCAGCCAAAGAUCAUCCCGGGUGGAGCGGAAGGUAGGCGAACUCUCACGACCGACGAUCCGAUGAAGCGGUUGGAAAGCGGCAACUUCUGUGCUCGAUGCCAGGCCUGGGCGAACGAGUGCUUCUGGCGAUGCGACUUUUGCAACUUUGGCGACUGGGGGUUUUGCAAUAAUUGCGUGAACCAGGGACGAUCGUGCACACAUCCGCUUCUGCCUCUGACGUACCAGCCUCAGCCAUCACACACGCCACCUGCCAGUCCCAGGUCGCCUCAGCCGCCUCACGCGGCCGCUGUGCUGACGGGGCCUAACAUUCACAAUAUUGGCCCCUUUAAGCCCCUGACGUUUACGACGCGCUGUGACGUCUGCCAGGACCCUAUCUCUCCCAACCACAGCCGAUAUCACUGCUUCACUUGUACCAGCUCAAUCGAGCCGGACACGCAACCUGGCGACUACGAUGUAUGCACAAAUUGUUACGCCAAUCUUGAAGCGCGUGAUCAAAUCAGUCCCGAGAACGGGCACGCGGGCUGGCGCCGGUGUCUCAACGGCCAUCGCAUGAUCGUGAUCGGCUUCCGCGACGGGCCGGGCGGGCAGCUGCGGCACAUACUUUCCGACCUCGUGGGCGGCCGCAAUCUCCGCAUCACGCAGUCGGAUGGCACCGACGACCAGGCCCCGCAGAAGUGGUGGUGGCACGAGGGCGGGCAGACGAGAGAGCGCUUCGUCACCAGGGACGUUGCGGCGGACGCCCCGACAGGCGAGGGUCUCGCGCAGGGGUUCCCCGCGGAUGGCGGCGUCGGGAUGAGGGCGACAGCGACGUGGGCGUGGUAUCCCAAGGCCGAGGACGAGCUGUUGUUCCCCAAGGGGGCCGAGAUCCGGGAGAUUGAGGACGUGAACGGGGACUGGUUCUUUGGGGUGUACAUGGGCGCGAAGGGACUGUUCCCAUCGCCGUACAAACAAGUAGAAAGAUUGAGUCAAUCCGGCUCGGCCGUCGUAGUCACCGACUGCCGGCCCCCGGCCCCGUCACCCGCGCGCCCCACACUGACGGCCGCUAGCGGCUCUGACAUUCCCCAAGCUCUCUUCCUACACCACACCCGCAACACGGCCAACUGGUUUAGUUGA